AUGUCUCGGCUAGCGGAUUAUUUCGUGGUCGUAGGCUAUGACCACGAAAAAGAACGUAGCGGGACCAGUAAAGGUAUGAUUAUCCAGCGGUUUCCAGAAAAAGACUGGAAAGACACUCCUUUCAUUGACGGAAUUGAAUGGUUUUGUCAACCACAAGGAUGGUCUUUGUCAUCAGAGCGACAAGAACCUAGAUUUUUUGUGUUUGUUCUUACUGAUGUAGAGGCUGAAAGACAUUAUUGUGCUUGUUUAUGCUUUAACGAAACAGUAUCAAUUACACCUAGUAAACCUGUUGAUGAGGAAGAGGAUGGUGUUGUGGAAAACAUAUCACUUUCAAGAAAUAACCACUCAAAUCAAAGACAACAUCACAGCAUUAUGUAUGCACCAAAGUGUCUAGUUUUGGUUUCGAGAUUAGAUUAUAUUGAAACAUUCCGAAAUUGUUUAGGUAUUAUUUACACCGUUUAUGUAGAAAACGUAGAAACUCCUAUAGAAACAUUAGUAGGAAAUAUGUUGGGUUGUGUUCAAGUUCCUCAGCCAGGAGGACCUCAAGUGCGCUUUAGCAUAGGUGCAGGGGAUAGACAAGCGCUACAACCUCCAUUAUCUCAAACAUUACCAGUAACCAAGAAUGCAGUAUAUCUAUUAUUCCAAGAACUCGGAAUUCACAAUGUUGUUGUAUUAUUCUGUGCUAUUAUGACUGAACAAAAAGUUCUGAUGACUUCUAGAAGUUAUAGCAGACUCACUGAAGGUUGUUCUGCACUAAUAUCUCUUAUGUAUCCAUUCAAAUAUAGCCAUGUUUAUAUACCAUUGUUACCUGCUGGUUUAGUUGAAGUAUUGUCCACACCAACACCAUUUUUAAUGGGCGUACAUGCUUCUCUUAAAACUGAUGUUUCUGAACAAAUGGAUGUGAUAGUAGCUGAUUUGGAUGGUGGUAGUAUUCUUGUACCUGACGGUAUAAGUUUACCUUUAUUGCCUGAACCACUAUUAACGCAAACUCAAGAUUGCUUAAGUCUAGUGUUACAACCAGAAUUGUGUUGUGCAGACCAUGCAUUCCCUCCGACUUCUAAUACUGUUCAACCACCACCCCCUACACUAAUUGACAAAGAAGUGAGAGCAGUUUUUAUGAGAACAUUUGCUCAAUUACUUCAAGGUUAUCGUUGUUGUUUAACUAUAAUAAGGAUACAUCCAAAACCAGUCAUCACAUUUCAUAAAGCUGCAUUUUUAGGCGAAAGAUGUCUAAUAGACGAUGAAUUCACAACUAGGGUGUUAGACUGUAUGUUUUUUAAUGGUUUUGUUACGGAAAGAGGUCCUGCUUGGCGUUCUUGUGAUCAAUGGGAUGAGUUAUAUUGCAAUAUGAAUGAAUUACUUCGAACUGAAGCAUUAGAUGAUGGUCGUUUAGUUCUUACUCAUAUUCAGGAAUUAGCUCAAGCUUUGUACUUAAAUGAAAAUCCCAAUCCACAACCAUAUGUUCAAAAAAUCUUGAAACCUCCUGAAGGGGCAUUUACUAGAAUACAUCAACCUCCAUUUCCAAAACUUGAUGCCAAUUGUGUUCAGACAAUUAUUGAUGAUGGCUUGAUUAAACAUAAUUUAAACUCAAAACUUUCAUCAAUUAAGCCAACACCACCUCGUAUAGUACCUAUGGGACCUCCAAUAACAAAUUCUAAUGAUCUGAGAACAACUGUUAGUAAUUCGGCUAGGCGAUUAGAAGUACUACGAAACUGUGUAAAUUGUAUAUUUGAAAAUAAAAUUUCGGAUGCACGUAAAACAUUUCCAGCUGUGUUAAGAGCAUUGAAAUGUAGGGCUGCAAGAUUAGCUUUAUGCACAGAACUUGCACAACAUGUUCAAGGGAAUAAAGCUAUGCUUGAACAUCAACAAUUUGAUCUAGUUGUACGAUUAAUGAAUUGUGCUUUACAGGACGGCUCAGCUAUGGACGAAUUUGGUAUAGCAGCAGCUCUCUUGCCUUUAGCAACUGCAUUUUGCCGUAAACUGUGCACUGGAGUAAUACAAUUUGCAUACACAUGUAUUCAAGAUCACCUAGUUUGGAAAAAUCAACUAUUUUGGGAAUCUGCUUAUUAUUUAGACGUACAAAGGGACAUUAAAUCUCUUUACUCUGACAAUAAUCUCUCAAGUCAUAAAAGAUCUUCAUCAAUGAAUCUAUCUAGUCCCCGUGAAAAUCACAACAAAGAUAAUAUUUUAAAUGACAGAUUUAGUCGUUCACAAGAACUAUCUGCUUUAGAAAUAGCAGCUGAACAAAUGAGGUUACGUCCAUCAAACAAUUCUGAUAAACUUAAGGAAUAUAUUUCAAGUGAAGAAUCAACACUGUACAGUCAAGCUAUUCAUUAUGCCAACCGUAUGGUAUAUUUACUUGUUCCAUUAGAUGUAGGGGGAAAUAAUGUUAAGAGUUCGUCGAAUCAUCAAUCAUCUAAUAGAAAUAUAGAUGAUGAAAGAACAUCUAACAGUAUAACAAAUAGUGCUGUUGAUAGGUCAGGUAGUGUAUGUGAAUCUGAUGUAGAAAGUGGUUUUGCCGAACCAGAACCUAAUGAAAUUGGUAACAAAGUCAUUAAAAUGGUUAGCCGUUUUGUCGAUAAAGUGUGUACUGAAGGAGAAGUUAGUGAAGAACAUAUUCGUGCAUUACAUCAAAUGAUUCCAGGUGUGGUACAUAUACAUAUUGAAACAUUAGAUGGUGUCAAUAGGGAGUCCAAGCGAUUGCCACCCAUACAAAAACCUAAAAUAUUGACACCCAAUAUGCUGCCAGGAGAAGAACCACUGAUGGAUGGCUUAAGAGUUUAUUUGUUACCAGAUGGUAGAGAAGAAGGUCUAGGAGGAUUAGUUGGUGGACCACCUCUGUUACCUGCGGAAGGAGCUAUUUUUAUUACAAAUUAUCGUAUAGUAUUUAAAGGAACUCCUUUGGAUCCUUUUGCUUGUGAACAAAUUGUAGUAAGAUCAUUUCCUGUAACAUCUCUAACCAAAGAAAAACGUAUUACAGUUCAAUAUUUGGCACACUUAGACCAAUGGUUGCAAGAAGGUCAUCAGUUUAGGUCUUGCACGUUCCAGUUAAUCAAAGUCGCAUUUGACGAAGAAGUAAAUGCCGAAGAUAUUGAAUGUUUCCGAAAAUUUAUACACAAAGUACGACAUCCUCCAAAUGUAUUUAAUCACUUUGCAUUUACAGGCCAAAUUCCAAUUUAUGAAAUGCCCAUGACGAAUGAUAAAGAAAAAAAUGCCACUCUCAAGGGCUUUGCAAAAAAAACUUUAAUGAAAACUGCUCGUAAAGCAGGUUUCAAGCAAAAGAGUUCAUCCAAACGUCAUAAAUAUGUGUUGCCUAACAUAUCAAAUAGUUCAAUAAACAAGGCUAACAAAUAUAUGACUACUCCUGGUCGGAUGACCCUUCCUCCUUUUAACAAUCUUGAUGACUUAUCUGUGAAUGAAUUAGAUAUCAAUGUGAUGAAUACUUCCAACAUUGUUUCUAAUGUUUCUGAUCCAAAAACAUUGGAACGAGUAACCGAAAGGAGUUAUGUACGAGAUUGGAUUAGACUAGGCCUUGCACCUAAAAAUACUAGUUCAAAUAAUAUUGGUCAGAAAAAUAAUAAUAAAGAGCCAUUUAAAAUCACCACACUAAAUUCAGCAUAUUUAAUGUGCCGCAGUUAUCCUGCACUCUGGGUGGUUCCAUCAAUUAUUUCAGAUGAUAGUGUUCGAAGGUUUUAUCGAAAUUAUCGUCAUAGUAGAGUACCAAUAAUCACAUGGCGUCACCAGCGAACAUCGGCAUUAUUAUUACGAGGUUCAGGGUAUCAUGGAAAAAAUCUUAUUGGGAUGCUGAAGUCAACACAUCCAUCGUCAACAGGUACAUUGAAUUCAGAGAGUAAUUCUUCCGUAGAACAAGAAAGAUACUUAUCAGCUAUUGUUGCUUCGACUCCUUUAUCAACUCUACGUAAUAGUGGUGCUGCUUGGGGAUUAUCAGAUAGUAGCCUUAGUAUAAAUUCACUUUUGUUGGCUGCGGAUGAAGAUAUUCUUUCACCAGAUAUUUCACGCAGGGGUCCAAUGAGAUCUAGUGGUGGUAAUAAACAAUUUGGACGCUGGGGCUCAUUAAAAGAAAGACGCAAUAUAAGUACUUCAUCAAAUAAUAGUUACUCUUCACCAAUGUUUCAAAAUCAACAAUAUGGGCGUAUGUCGAUGGCUGAUCCAGAUUCUAAUUCAGAUAGUCCACAUGAAUUUCAUAGAGCUGCUUUGUAUAUACUUGGUGAUAAAACCCAAAUGAAGGGUAUGAAAGGUGAUUCUAUCAUGAAAAUUGAUUUUAUCCCAAUUGAGUAUGCUGACAUUCGUCAUAGUAAGACUUCAUUUAAAAAACUUAUGCGAGCAUGCGUACCUAGUUCUACUAGUAAUGAACCGGAACAUUCUUUUUACAAAAUGAUUGAAAGUUCAGACUGGUUACAACAGUUACGAAACAUUAUGCAAUUGUCUGGGGCUAUAGUAGAUUUGAUUGACGUACAAGGUUCUUCAGUCAUGUUGUGUUUAGAAGAAGGAUGGGACAUAACUUGUCAACUGUCAUCAAUUGCACAAUUAUGCAUGGACCCAUAUUAUCGCACAAUCGAAGGUUUCCGGGUGUUGGUUGAAAAGGAAUGGCUUGCAUUUGGUCACCGGUUCAGUCAUCGCAGUAAUCUGGCCACUGCGUCUCAAGCUUCUGGGUUUGCACCUACCUUCUUACAAUUUCUUGAUAUUGUCCAUCAAAUUCAUGGCCAGUUCCCGUUGUCGUUUGAGUUCAAUGAUUACUAUUUGAGAUUUAUGGCAUAUCACUCAGUGUCUUGUCGCUUCCGGACGUUUUUGUUGGACUGCGAACUGGAAAGAGUAGAAUGUGGAGUGGCUGCUGUUGAAGACAAACGAGGAUCACUUACGUCGCACCACAAGAGUGUUGACACUGGUUCAGACGAUGAUAUUGUUUAUCCUGGAGGUCGUCUGGCUGGUAACAAUAUCUCGUCUCAUUAUGUACCAAAUUUGGGACAAUCUGUGUUUGAUUACAUUGAAAAACAUAAUGCCCGUACAUCAAUAUUUUACAACUUCAUGUACAUGCCAAAUAUUGAACAACCGGUCCUCAGACCACAGUCAUCAUUGCCCAAUUUGAACGUUUGGCAAUAUUACUUGAAUGAAGAAUUGGCUCACGGACCAAGUUAUGAUUUGGAGAUUAUUCAGAUGGAUAUGCAACAAGAAGAAGAAGCUGAAGCUGCAGAUGGUAUUUCUAUUAAAAACCAACGAAAAGUCAUUACAACUGGGUAUAAUAUAGUAGAGCGAUAUAUGCCAGAUGCAUUUAAAUAUCUGUUGGAUGAUAUUCAUAAAUUGGAAACUGAACUAGGCCUUCUGCCACAAAAAUGGAAGGUGCUCUGGGACAAAUUAGAAAUUCCUGUUACUGCAGAAUCAUUAAAGAGACACGCUUCGUUUAGUACACAACUGGUCAGAUAUCACGGGCGGUUGUUGCACAAACGAUCCACAAUAGAAAUUCUCAUGCGUGGCAAAGCAAGUAACACAACAUCUACAAACACAGAUACGAAUCCACCUCAUUCUCAUCCACAUCGCUUUGAAAAAUAUAACUUUACCACUCCUACCUACUGUGAUUUUUGUUCUAGUCUUCUUUGGGGACCCGUAAAGACUGGCAUGAGAUGUUGCGAUUGUGGUUAUAGUUGUCACGAAAAAUGUUCAGAAAAUGUACCCAAAAGCUGUACUAAAUAUAAGGCUGUUGCAGACAGAACGCUAACUAAUCAAAAUGCUAAUAGAACAUGUGGGGAAACAACUUCAGUGAAUUCAAAUAUGAAUGGUAUCCAUCAGCAAUACUACGAGCAGUUCUCAUCCAAUGUCGCUGAGAACAGGACACAUGAAGGUUAUUUAUACAAACGAGGAGCUCUCUUGAAAGCAUGGAAACAACGUUGGUUCGUUUUGGACUCUAUAAAACAUCAGUUGAGGUACUACGACUCUAUGGAUGAUUCUCAUUGCAAAGGAUAUAUAGAUCUUGCUGAAGUAAUGUCCGUGUCUCAAGCCAACCCAACACCUGGCGCACCUAAAAAAACUGAUGACAAAUCUUUCUUUGAUUUGCGUACAAACAGAAGAACUUACAAUUUCUCUGCUAGUGAUAUGACAACUGCCCAAGAAUGGAUAGAAAAAGUCCAAGCUUGUUUGCAAUAA